AUGGCCCAGGUAAGCAUCGGAGGAGAAGGCCCGAGUGCAGGAUCUAACAGCCCCUUUCACGGCCAGCCCAGUGCGGUGAGCCUCAGCCGGCUCCACUGUGAGCAGAACCCCAAGUAUUUCAGAACCCUGAACGUGACGAUCGCCAACAACACCAUCAUGGCGGACAUAUAUCUGGCGCAGGGCCUGAAGGCGGGCUUCCGCGGCCACAUCGACCUCCAGCUGCGGCUGACGAACGCCAAGAAGUUCCAGAGCCUGGUCCAGACCGACACCGACUACUGCGAACUGCUCUCGAGCCUAAAGGAGUCCCUGUUCCGACGCUGGAUCCACAGCGUGGCCAAGAACAGCAACUUCAUGGAGAACUGCCCGAUCCCGGCGGGACCCUACUACCUCAAGGGCUAUCAAGUGGACAUGAGUCUGGUGCCCUCGUACCUCCUGAACGGCGACUACCGCCUGCGGGCCCUCGUCUACUACGGCAAGUAUCGCAGCAAGGGCCGGCUGUUCCUUCUCGAGUGCACUGUGGAGGCCUCAAUGAAGAAUUAA